GGCAAGCGUUAAUAUUUUCUUGGAUUUCAACCUGAAGCAUGUUACGACGUUCCCUGCUUCAGCUGUAAUAGUAGCUUCUAAUUGUGUUUCAGUGUAGUUUCCACUUUUUUCAACACAUUUUGGCGCGACUUUUGUUUAAAUGGAGAGCGUUGUGAAAGCUGUCGGCCUACCUGUAAAUUUCUCGGAAGAAGUUGAGGAUGACACAGACAAAAAAAUAGAAGAAAAAAGUUCUUCCACCAAGUUCGAAAACAGUCGGAAACGACGGUACAGCUCAGACGAAGAAUAUAGAAGCCGAGAAAGGAAAGAUCAUUAUGAGAUUGUCCGUUAUUGGGCAGAUGAAGGGACCAGAUCUCACCGCACCAAUAUUUUGAGAGAACAAGAUCAUCAUUCAAGGAAAAAGAAAGAUCACCAAAAAAAUUGUAAUCCAAAUCCCAUGAAUGAAGAAGGUGUGAAAGAGCAGAAGAAAGAGAAAGAGGUGGAUCCGAUUAUGACACGAACUGGGGGAGCCUACAUUCCUCCGGCCAGAUUGAGAAUGAUGCAAGCACAAAUAACAGACAAAUCCAGCUUAGCUUUCCAGCGUUUAUCUUGGGAAGCUCUAAAAAAAUCCAUUCAUGGAUUGAUUAACAAAGUUAAUGUGUCAAAUAUCUGUUUGAUUGUUACAUCAUUGUUCAAGGAAAACAUAAUACGGGGACGUGGCCUCCUAACCAGGUCUAUUAUUCAAGCCCAAGCAGCAUCACCAACUUUUACACAUGUUUAUGCUGCACUAGCUGCAGUAAUCAACACUAAGUUUCCCAAUAUUGGUGAACUGCUAUUGACUCGCCUCAUUCUUCAGUUCCGUCGUGGAUUUCGUCGUAAUGACAAGCAGAUCUGUAUGAGUUCGACAAGAUUCAUAGCACAUCUUGUGAACCAACAAGUGGCCCAUGAACUUUUGGCUCUAGAGAUUUUAACUCUUUUACUGGAAAAUGCGACAGGCGAUUCAGUAGAAGUAGCUGUUGGUUUCUUGAAAGAAUGCGGACAGAAAUUGAGUGAAGUGUCUCCACGAGGACUAACUGCCGUCUUUGAUCGUCUUCGUCAUGUUUUACAUGAAGCUGAUUUAGACAAGCGUGCCAAGUUCAUGAUUGAAGUAAUGUUUCAAGUACAUAAAGGUGGUUUCAAAGACAAUCCCGCGAUUGUGGCGGAAUUGGACCAAGUGGAAGAAGAAGAUCAGUUCACUCAUCUGAUGUCAAUUGAAGAAGAAAAGCUUGACCCUCAGGAGAUGUUAAAUGUUUUCAAGCAUGAUCCAGAGUAUGAAGCCAAUGAAGAAAAGUAUCAAGCUGUUAAAAUAGAAAUCAUAGGCGACGAUUCUGGCGAGAUCGAUGGUUCUGAUGAAGAUAACGAAGAAUCGAGUGAAGAAAGUGCGUCUGAGGAAGAAGCCAAAGGUAAAGAAACAAAUAUUUGUGUCAUGUUGACUUGGUGUUUUCCGUUCUGUUUCUGUCUUGUUUUAGAGGGUGACAUAGUUGACGAAACGGAGACCAAUCUGAUAGCUCUUCGUCGAACGAUUUAUCUGACUAUCCAGAGUAGUUUAGACCACAACGAAUGUGCUCAUAAAAUGAUGAAAAUGCAAAUGAAGCCAGGACAGGAAAUUGAGUUAUGCCACAUGAUUUUGGAUUGCUGCACGCAACAGAGGACGUACGAGAAAUUCUUUGGACUUCUAGCGCAAAGGUUUUGUCAGAUUAAUAAGGCAUACAUUCCACCAUUUGAGCAAAUUUUUCAUGAUACAUACGAUACGAUUCAUCGAUUGGAUACCAACAAAUUGCGAAACGUGGCUAAAAUGUUUGCUCACUUACUUUUCACGGAUGCAGUCAGCUGGCAAGUUAUGGCUAAUAUUCGACUGACGGAAGAAGAUACGACUAGUUCUUCGAGAAUAUUUCUUAAGAUUUUGUUUCAAGAACUGGCAGAGUACAUGGGUUUGAGCAAGCUGAAUCUUCGACUUAAAGAUCAAACUUUGCAAACACAUUUUGAAGGCAUUUUCCCCCGUGAUGAUCCCCGGAACACUCGAUUCGCCAUAAAUUACUUCACUUCAAUUGGAUUGGGAGGCUUGACAGACGAGCUUCGUGAACAUCUUCGAACGCACCCUAAACCGCCACCGGUCACAGUUCCUGCGCCGGUAUCUACACUGUCAGCUGCGGCCGCACAGUUAUUGUUGGAGUCAUCCGAUUCCGAUUCAAGUUCAUCUUCUUCCUCCUCGUCAUCAUCGUCGUCAUCAUCAUCAUCAACUUCAUCGUCCUCCUCGAGUGAUGGAAAAGGCAGAAACAAAGGUUCGCGGAAGAAACUGCGUUCUUCAAAUAAUAAGUCGAAAUCGGAAAGUCGAUCAGUCCGAAAACUAAGCCCCGAAGAGAUCCGGACUAGAGAUCAGCCAUCCGAUCGCCAUCAAGGUGAUCGAAACAGGAGCAAUCGACACUUCAAUGAAAAAGAAUCUAAAAGUAGUUCGCGCCGAUAAGGUGAAAGUGCUGAGUGCUUUAUGUUCAUGUUGCAAUGAAAUAUACUUCUUUUACCUCCCGUCA